UUGAUCUAUAACUGAUAUAUUGAUUGAGGUGGUGCCUGAAGUCUGCCUUAGAGGAGUACAUAAUGCAUGCCAAGACACUAGUCGUUUCCCUCUCGCUUGCGUCCGCACCGCGAAUAUCUUUCUCGAAUCCACCAAUUUACAGGAAAAGUUCGACCUCAUCGAAAAUCUCCCACAGCGCAGGAUAUCCACUUCUUUGCGCCCUCACUCCUUCAUCAAACCCACAACCAGUACAAUGGCCGCAACUAACGCCGCCGGCAAGGGCCCCGCAAAGAAGAACCAGAAGAUCACCAAGAAGUUCAUCAUCAACGCGAGUCAGCCCGCCAACGACAAGAUCUUUGACGUGUCCGCGUUCGAGAAAUUCUUGCACGACCGCAUCAAGGUCGAUGGCCGCACUGGUAACCUUGGUGACACCAUCGUAAUCAGCCAGGCUGGCGAUGGCAAGAUUGAGGUGAUUGCGCACCAAGAGUUCUCCGGUCGCUACCUCAAGUACUUGACCAAGAAGUACCUCAAGAAGCAGCAGCUCCGUGACUGGCUCCGCGUCGUCUCAACCUCCAAGGGUGUCUACGAGCUCCGCUUCUUCAAUGUCGUCAACGACGAGGCUGAGGAUGACGACGAGUAAACGCAACGCUUGUAACCUUUGACUGGAUCACAUGUAUGAGCAUAUCAAGACUCUCAAAAUCACGCCGCCAAAUGAGUGAAGGGCGCGUGGGAAACCCAUGAACGUAACUCUUUCAAU